AUGAAGUUUCUCGGUUCCGCUCUUGCGGUUUUUGUCGCUUCGGCCUCUUUGAUCUCGCCCACUUCCUCUUGGUCGACCCUGUCCCACCCAGUCAGGACCAAUGCGAUUGCCACUACUUCCAAGUCUUUUUCUGCCUCCUCUUUUCGUCUCUUUUCGGCAUCAGCUGUGGAACCCACUGUUGACAACAUUUCCAAGUACAAGGUAUCACCGGGUUUGCAUUCAAUGGAAGAUGGCGAAGAAGCACAAUCCAAGAUUUCCAUUCCAGCAGCUGCUAGCGUAUUUGUGGCAACCGUCGGUACCUUUGCCAUGAACAACUACAACUUCAUGAGUAUUGGAGCUGUUGGAGCGUCAGGUUUGACCGGUCUCCUUGCUGCACUGGUCUUGCCUGAGCAGUUGGCAAUUGCGGCGCUCUGCGGAUCAUUCGCUGGAAUGGCAAAACUUGCUGUCAUUCCAGGGAUGUGGUCAGCUGGUAUCCUUGGUGUGAUCUGUGCCGGCUUGUACACAGUCUUUGAAAAAAAGAAAUGGUUGGAUGGAGUGGGAGGUCGCCUUGGAUUCAUCGCUCAGUGCGCCUGCACCCUUCAGUUCUUGGUAUCAGCACCGCAACUGUUCAAUGCUCCAAAUGCCGCGGCCUCCUUUAUCGGCGAAGCUCCCAAGUUGGCCACAUUGCUGGCCGAUCUUCCAACGGUAAUCAGCUUUACCAUGCUUGGAGCUCUCUUUGUUCGAUACUGGAAAGAUGCCAUGAUGGGAACCCAUAUUGACAUUGCCCAUUCGCAUGGUUCUAGCUUUUCCUUCUUGGGUCGGUUGUCGAAUCGUUUCUCUCUCAGCGUUACAAGAAGGUUGGCCACUUCUGUCGGUGCCGUGGGAGCAACUGGAUUGCUUGCCAGCCUUUUGCUUCCCGCAUCUGUGGCUGGACCUGCCUUCUGUGGUGCGUUUAUUGCCAAGUCCGCUCCAAAGGUUCUACCAACUGUCAACUCUUUGGUCCCUGCCUGUAUCUUUGCGGGUAUUGCCCAGCAGGCUCUGUCUGGUGUCAUGCUCGGGGGCUGGGGCGGAAAGCUCGGCACAGGUGCCUUGAUGGGAGUCCUGGGCUACACCUUGAUCAGAAACCAUGAUGAUUUGUUGCUUUUGGAGGAAAAUGACUUGGAAGGCGAGCUGCCUGAAGAAACCAUGGUCAAGGCAUUCGGAGAAGCCACCACCAGCGACACUGAGGCUCAACCACGUCGAGAAGUUCCAGGCACCAGUAGCGAACCAAGCAUGAUGCAGGCAAGUGAUGAGCCAAGCAUUUUGCAGACAACGCAGGAGCCGACCGUACCAGCCCAACAAGUGCCUGUGGUGCAAGCAGCCGCAGAGCCUGCCAUGCCAGAAGCCCAGGCUGCGGUUGACACACCUGCUCCCGCAGAGCCUUCAAUGGUAAACCGACAAGUGUACACAUACAAGGCAGCAAACCAGGCGCCAGUUUUGAGGUCCAGCGUUGCUUCAGUCGAUGAAAGCGUGAAGAUGUCGGUGCUGAUGGCAGUUGAAGGCAAAAUGGAAACUGAUGCUAGCAGCGCAGGAGCGGAAGACCACGGCAGGGAAUCGGAAGAGCCCACUGAAGUUACCCGUACGCCAGUGUAUUCAUUCAAGGCUGACAACCAGGCGCCUGUGCGCAAGACCAGUGUGGCUUCAUCGGAUGACAGUAUGGAGAUGUCUGUUCUUUUGACUGUUGAAGGUAAGCUGGAAGACGAUAUCGCAACACAGUCACUACCACGAGAGAACGACAGUGAGGUUCAAGAAAAUGUUGAGGCAGCACCCCAGGCGAGCUACUACGAAGUGCGAAGGCCAUCAUACGAAACCACAUCAAACGAAGCUCCCAGGAGAGAUGUACCAAUGCGAUCUUUCCAAGCAGAUGCCCCUGUCUUUGCCAGCGAAGGGAACCAACGUGAAUACGCAGUGCCCGCUGUGAUCCCGGUUCGUCAAGAAGUUAUGCCCAGCAGCGUAGAGAUUGGGCCACACCUUUGA